AUGAUUCUCUCAUCGUGCCUUUUCCUGGUUCUAGGCAGUGCUUGGUCCCCGACCGCUGCAAGCUCUACUCCGGACUUCCUCUACCGAGAUGUUGUGGUAGUCGGUGGAGGUGCCUCCGGUGCUUAUGCUGCCGUCCGCUUGCGGGACGACUUUAAUAAAAGCAUUGCGUUGAUUGAAAAGCAGAGCAUUCUGGGGGGCAUGGUCGACACAUUUGUGGAUAAGAAGACUGGGGGCACCUAUGACUUUGGGGUCCAAAGCUUUCUUAACGUGAGCAAUUCAAUGGAGUUCUUUAAGAGAUUUAACAUCUCCGUUGGAAGUGGUUCAACGGGCCCGUCUCUCAUAACCAAAUACGUGGACUUUAACACAGGGGAGAAGGUGGACUUUGAGCCACCGUCCUUCGAAGCUCAAAUCGCCGCCGUCUCGAGAUUUCUCAAAGUCAUUGAGCCAUGGGAGUCACUGCUGCGCCCAGGCUACUGGAACUUUCCGAAGCCUAGCCAAAUCCCCGAUGAUCUUCUCAUCCCGUUUGGACAAUUCCUGACAAAGUAUAACCUCGAAGAGGGUGCGCCAAUCAUCUACUCCACCACUGGACUUGGGGUUGGCAAUAUGAGUGAAGUCGCCACCAUGUUUGCCCUGCAAAGCUUUGGCUGGGACAUGGCGCGCGGGCUAACAGGCGAAAUGGGAUUGUAUGUGCCCACCUCCGGUGGAAUCCAGUCUCUCUACAAUGCCAUUGCGACGGACUUGGGGGACGAUGUCUUUUAUUCAAGUACGGUGAUUGAGACGCGCCGAACCAACUGGGGGGUAUUUUUGACGGUGCGCAGUCACAAAACUGGCAAGGUCAGUGUCAUUGUCGCCCGUCGGCUCCUCGUGGCCAUUGAGCCUACGAAAGAAAAUAUGGCCGCAUUGGAUCUCAGCCCGUAUGAGCAAGAGACACUGUCAAAAUUCACUUACUCAAACGAGUUCACCGGUCUUGUCGACAAUCCCGUGUUUAACAAAAGCUAUUCGUAUUUCAACUUGCCAUCCACUGCGGCUCCAGAUCAUUAUCUUGUUUUCCAAGAAGAACCAGCAACGGUGAGUUUCGCUUACUCUGGUCUGGGGCACUUAUUCCGAGUGAUGAUUAUUGGCAACAAUACUUCCACCGAUGUUGAGGCCAAACACUUGGCGCAGACGAGCUUUAAUACCCUGUUGAACUCUGGUCAUUUGUCAGGCUCCAUUCAAAACCAAAGACUCAACUGGGCAGCAUUUUCUACACAUGGCCCCAUGCAUGCCCGUGUAUCAGUUGCGGAAGUCAAGGCGGGGUUUUAUCAGGAUCUUUAUAAACUACAGGGUUCUCGGUGCACAUGGUGGACAGGAGGUGCCUUUGCAGUGAACUUCCAGACGAAGCUGUGGGAGUUCGAUGAAGUCCUCAUUCCGAAACUUCUCGAAGGUCUUUGA